CAGAAUUUAAAAAGUGUUCAGCAGUAAAAUAUUGUCAUACAAAUUGUGGAAGUCCUUCGUAAGAAGGCUUACACGUUAAACUGGAUUAUUAAUAUAUUUUUUGGAUAUUUGAGUGAUAUAUUUUGUGAUAUUAUUUAUUAUCAACAUGGUGCCUCAGAACAUUACAGGAUCGUCAGUGUUUGGGUCUCAGAUGAUUGACCCUAACACACACACACCAUACUCGGAUGCUACUCAGUGCAAAAAAGCCUCAAAUCAUGUGAAAAGACCUAUGAAUGCUUUUAUGGUUUGGUCCCAGAUCGAAAGGAGAAGAAUCGCUGAAGUUUCUCCAGACAUGCACAAUGCUGAGAUUUCCAAAAGACUCGGCAAACGCUGGAAAUUGCUGAAUGAAGCUGAUCGCCAACCAUACAUCGAGGAAGCUGAAAGACUACGCUUACUUCACAUGCAAGAAUAUCCAGAUUACAAGUACCGUCCACGGAAGAAGGCAAAGCCUGUCACAAAAACUGACUCUGGUAAGAUUUCAAAAUCUACUCUUUCCAAAAGUCGUAGUGAGAGAAAUAAACAGAAAAUUGCUGCUAAGAAUUUUAUUCACAAUGAAUUUGAAAUGGACAAUAAUUCACACAGUCGUAUAAAACUCAGAUUAACAAUUGACAAAAAGUUCAAAGACAGUAUUAAAGCAAGCCGUGCCGUUCCAGUAUCGUCUUGCCAACUGACACCACCCGCGAAAGUACCGUCCAGUCCCAGCAUUUAUUCCCCACCGACGCCUGAAUCCACCAGUUUCUAUCCCGAAGAAAUCUACGACACACCAGCUGCCUCGCCUCAGGAAGAACCUUCAAAAGGACCACAAACUCAGUAUAUUGUAAAUCAAACUAACAACAACAAUGUUUCUCAGGGAGAUGGAUCAUCACUUGCUGAUUUGGACAAUCUAACGGAUGUGUUACAACUGCCUACAAAUUGGCAAAUGGAACUUGGAAAUUUAGACUUGAGCAAACUUACUGACGCUGACUUUUCAAAUUUCGGAGACAUUCAAAAUAACAAUAUCUCUAGUAGUGCAUCAUCCACGUCAAGUAACGGAUCACACUUUGAAUUCCCAGACUAUUCCACACCCGAAGUAUCGGAAAUGAUUGGUCUUGAAAGUGAAUGGUUGGACAUAGGUGUGCUAGGUUCAAUUGCUGCUCACUAAGUAUAAAAUGUGCUUUAUAACGGGACGAUGUGCAAAUUACUUUUGAAGUGAUGAAUUUGUUAAUGGGAGGAACAACUGUCGAGAGAUUUUUUUGAGGACCAGUAUAUUAAGUGUGUUUGAAUAAAAUUAUAUCAUUUUAUAUUCAUUUUUGAAAUUACGAGUUGUGAAAAUUGUAAAUAAGUGGUGUGACAUCAUAUAUAACCGCAUUAUAUAGUUUCUAUGCAUAUCAGAUUCAGGCAUUCGAAAUUUUCACAAAAUGGGAUUAUUGUAUAACGAUAGUAGCUGUUUAACCCAGGUAUAGAUCUUUUUCAUUUUAACUUGUGGUUCACUCAUUUUUCAUCCUUCAUUAUAUGAAAAAUUCAUCAACUUUAUAUUCCAUGAAAGUGCAGGGACUCAAAUUGUGUAAAUAUAUAUUUUUUUGUAAGUCAGAAGUAUUACAGCUUCCAUAUUUUUGUAAAUUUUGCAAUGAAAAAGUUAGAAAUGAGAUUCUCUGAUUUGACCUCAGUACAAGCGUUUGAACAAUUUUAUUAAUACUUUUUUCACUGUAAAACCAGUCAAGUUUCGAGGGAUGCUGAAUUUUGAAAGUUUUUUGUACAGAAUGCGAGAAGGGGUGUUUAUAGAAAGAGGUUAUUUAUUUGUGCUAUAUAAAAAGUGACUUAUUUGUUAUUAUUAUAUAAAUGUUUUCUCAAUUGUUUUACAUAUAUAUAUUUGAUACCAUUACCAACGAUUUAAGAAUAAUAUCUGGCAUUGAUGGCCAAUAUUGUACAUAAUGACAUUCGCAAAUUCUUUAUUUGUAUGUCAUUUUCCAUGUUAUGUUGUAGAAAAAAUACAACAAUUUCUAAUACACAAAUGCAUUUA